GGUUGUAGACGGGGGUUUCAGUCGGGUAGGGUAGACAUGGGAACGACGCAACAGUAAAUAGAAAGGCAUCAAAGCAAAGCAAUGAAAAUCGCCGCUGUGGCCUUCUACGGUUGUGCCCUGGGGCUUCUGGCGAUGGGGCUACGGGAAUUGCUGUUGGGGUUCGAGGAGAACAGAUGCAGCAUGACCUAUAUGUUCGAAUAUCCUGAAUACCGGCGAGUGCAGCUGCCCCGGCGCGUGGCACAGCAGUAUCCAGGAUACGGGCUCUACCUGUACGGAGAGGGCCUCUACGCCCAGGAAACCCGCAACCUCAAGCUCACUGGCGUCCCCGUGCUCUUUCUCCCCGGAAACGCAGGCAGCUACAAGCAAGCCCGGUCCCUGGGUUCAGUCGCCCUCCGGAAAGCGGAGGACAUCGACAACAGGUUCCACCUGAAUGUUUUCACUGUCGACUUCAACGAGGAGCUGGUGGCGCUUUACGGCGGGAGCCUCCGCAGACAGACUCACUUCCUGCACGAGAGCAUCAAGGCCAUCCUGCGGCUCUAUAAGGACCAGGCCAGCCCCCCCCGGAGUGUGGUGCUGGUGGGGCACUCCAUGGGGGGUGUAGUGGCGCGGGCGCUGUUCACCCUCCCCCGGUUCAACCCGCAGCUGGUCAGCCUCAUUGUCACCCAGGCGUCCCCGCACCUGGCCCCUGUGCUGCCCCUGGACGCCCAGCUGCUGGAGUUUUACUCCACAGUUAGGGGGCGCUGGUGCAGCGGGGCAGAGGACCUGCACAACGUUACAGUGCUCUCAGUGGGGGGUGGUCACCGCGACUACCAGGUGCGCUCCGGCCUGACGGCCCUGCCUUGCCCGCCUGGAGACUCCAACAAGCUCUCCCUAGUGGCCACAGCUGUCCCCAGGACGUGGGUGUCGACGGACCACCUGUCCAUUGUGUGGUGCAAGGAGCUUGUUCUUGCUACGGUGCGGGCGUUCAUUGACCUCAUUGACCCAAACACGAGACAGUUCACAGAGGACCCUGUGCGCAGGAUGGCCGUGUUGACGCACCACUUCGUCAGGCACCCGGUGCGCCUGCUGGGGGUGCAGGAGGACCCACACAUCAUGUUCACCGGUUCUGCAGAGGCGUGGACUGAAGUCAACACACUCCGACUGGCCUAUAGCACUCCUAAGGAGCCCCGAGUGAAGUAUUUCCUUUUCGCUCUGUCCAGCCGCAGAAAAGCGUACAGCCACUUCCACUGUCGGAGCAGCAACAUGGAGAUGAGCAGCUGGCUGUAUGGUUGCACUCAGAUGGAUGGCGCAAUGUGUGUGCAGGCUGUGGAUCUGUCCUGGGGAACUGAGCUUCUGCCAGCCUACAAGACAGUGACGUUGAAGCUCAGCGAUUUGUCCUCUGUCUCUCAACUGGUCAUCAGUGCUUCCAACCUCAACGGCAAACAGUUCAGCGUGGAGUGUGAGUGGCUGAGCCUGGAGGCUCGGUCCGCCUCUAUUCCGGUCCCCCACGUCCUGUCCUUUGGUCUGACAGUCAGUGAUUUCACUCUGAGCUCCUCAGGGCUGUACCACACAGUUCAGCUGCAGCACUUCCAUCAGGUCUAUCAGGCAUUCAGGAUCACCAUUGUGGGCCAAUGCAAAGCUGCAACAGACAGAAUGCCAAGUGUAUACAGACUGACAGUGCCCUGGUUUAGAGAGGACUCCUUCACCACAGCAAGUUUACCCUCAGUAACAGAGAUGUCUGGCAUGCUGCACACCAGUCGCCCGGGCAACAUGUCCAACGUUGUCCUGCAGCUCCAUACUGCCCCCAACUGCCAGUACAAGGUCUUAGUGAGGACCUCCUUCCCUAAGGUGCUGGGACAGGUGCUGCGGUUCUGUGGCUCUGCCCUUCCGGUUUAUAUUGCAGUGGGGCUUGUGCUGGCUUUGGAGGGACAGCUGAAGGCCAUCAUCAGGACAGGGCGUCCUGUGGAAAUGAGCGAGUCGGUGAGUGGGGCCGUCCUGCCCCUCAAGGUGGAGCUGCCAGUCUACCUACUGCACCUGCUGCUCAGGCUCCAGUGCUUCCAGGAGGCCUGGGCUGCUCUCCGGCUCCCCCCAGUGGAUGGCCUGCCCCUGUCACCCCUGGAGAGUGGGGAGGCUGGGACCCCAGAGUGGCCACCUCCUUCUGAGGAUUGGACGCGCCUGCUGUCCGUCAUCUUGUGUGUGCUGGGUGCGGCCAUGGCCUUCUGGGGCAGCACCCUGUUCCAGCUCUCCCUCCGCCUGCUGUCCCUGCUCCUGGCCCCGCUGCACAGGCCCUGCGUGUCCCGGGACAGCGGCACCUUGCACCCCUGGGUGCAGCUGGUCCUUAUCCUCUCUCUGGGGCUCUUGGGCUGGGCUACCUGCGGCGCACUGGCCCUCACCACAGCCUUCCUGUUCUACCUGUACCGGGUGGUCAGGCUGCAGAUGACGAAGCGGACUCUGAAGCACGUUCUGAACCUGGCACCCCAGCAGCAGACAAAAGAGACAGAGAAAGUCAAGGGGAAUGCUGUGGGACAGACCCAUGCUAAGGAAUGUAACGGCACCCCCCUGCUGUCAGAAUUAGCACUGCAGGAGGUGACAGAUGACCUGCAGCUGCACCUGAGUGUGGCAGCCCUCCUGACCCUGCCACUAAUGCUGAGUGCCCCCUCUCUGAUCCACUGGGCCUGCAGCCUGAGGUACACUGUGCGGUUGGAUCCUGACCCCUCCUGGCCGUUUGCUCUUCCUCUCCUCACCUCCACUCUUCUGCUAAUCAACUGCAACACACUAACGCUGCACCGGAGUAAACUCCUGGCCCUAAGCUCCAACCUCCUCCCGCCCUUGUGCAUCGCCAUGGUGACCUUCUCACUGCAGCACCUCUACCGUGUGACACACUUCCUGUGUGUGCCGCUGGCCCUGCUGGCGCUGGCCUCUCGCCUGUGAGCCGGCCGCACGCUGCCCGCAGCCCUCACCACAGACGGGCCCUGCCCUCUGAAAAACACCUCCAGAGAUGGGCUCUCCACUACACAGGGUAACCGGGCCCUCACGCUUCUCUGCAGUGCCUGAGGGGGGCGACGUUGAACUCUGUGGAUUCACCCAUGCCCCCCUCCACCUCAUGAGGUCACCUGCAGGGUUUCCCAACAGGGUAUUAUUAUUAUAAUUAUCUUUAUUGGUUAUUAAUUUAUCUCUUCCUGUAUGUUAUUAUUGGUAUUGGUAUGUGUUGGUAUUGUGUUCUUACCCCGGUGGAUAAGAGAAGCUUGAAAAGUUCUCGGUCAGUCUGUCUCCCUCACUACUACCCGGCACUGCCGUCAUCACCACCACCUCGUUGCUGUCACCUCGGUGGCCAACACUCUUAGCCUUAAGGUCUCCCACUCCCCCUUGGAGCACAAGGUGGCAACGGUCAAAACCUCGGCCGACCUGUGCUCCUGCUUCUUCAUAGCCCCAGGGGCUACAGCCAAAACGGGAACGAGGAAACGAAAUCCUGUCUGACACCUGUGCUUCACCCAGCUGUUCACCUGCACACCCUGAAACAAGCACAGAUGCCACAAACUCUCCAUGCCAGAUCGCUGCGCUGCUAGCCUGCUCGCCCGCUCGCCCAGUGGUGUGUUGAAUGUGUGGACGGUGUUUGGUGUCUUAUGAGCCCUGCCUUUUUAAGCUCGGGGGAAGGGGUGUCGGCCUCCCUGACCAGGAUGGGUGCAUGCUUGGGCACACUGCUGGGAGACAAAAACAUUUUUUCGAACAGACUUCCUGCUUGUCACGCCUGCUCCACCUCCAGCACCUCCUCAGCAUUGACCGCCUUGCUCCCUCCCUACACCCCCUCUCCGUUGACAGCGAGCGUAACUGACAGUUCCUCUGCGGGCUGCGCAGCGGCAGAAGGUGUAUGUGAAACAACUGCGUAGUUCUGUUUUAGAGACACCAAAGGCCAGCGCUGGGCAGUCCCUGGAGCCUUUUCUUAAAACCAGCACACUGUCAAGGACAGGGCCUCAGUUCUGUGAUGUCGCCAGGAGUGGCUGUUUUGAACUAAAUCUGGAAGCCCUCAAGCCAUCGUCCCAAAAGAAGCAUACACAAGUGCUUUGCUUUAUCAGGCAGAUGGUAAAAGUGUUGUAAAAGCCACACACUAACAUGAGAGGGUAGGUCCUAAUAAUUUGUCAACACAUGUUGAAGACCAGGAUCUGAUGAAUAGCACACGGUUAGGUUAAAAUGCCGGGAGUUUGAUUGAUCACCUUUGAGUCCCUGAUUGAGAGCUACUUCUCUGUGUGUGGGCUGUUUCUUUUUCUGCACUUCACAGUCUACCCUGAAUAAUAAGAAGCAAAAGUAGGGCAACAGCUGGUCCCUUCCCCUUAGUCCUCAGUAUUUUGUGUGUGUGUGUGUGUGUGUGUGUGUGUGUGUGUGUGUGUGUGUGUAUUUGUGAGAGAGUGUGAGUCACUCACAUCAGCAGCUGACUCCUGAGACCUGCCUGCUGCUUCAAACACUACUGGCCACUAGGGGGCAGAAGACUACACUGAUUCCUUACAGUGCCCUUUCCCCCCAGCUCCCUGAUUUCAGAGGUAACAGCACCUCAUGUUUCUAACUGUCUAUCUGUCAUGUAAUGGUGUGUUAAUGGGUGUUAGUUAGAUUGCCAGCAUUACUUGUCUCCACAUACUCUGCAUCAAAGCUGUGUUUUUGUGCUGUGAUAUGAGAAGAACUGUGUUUCACAGUCACUUUUUAGGCCUUUAACCAGAUCUCAUCAUCUGUAGAAUUGUCUUAAGCUGUUGUAGUUGGACCGCAAAAACGCGGUCGCACUCAUGGCGAAUGUCACUCACUGCCCUCCUCUAACCGUGUUUGUACCGUAAUGACCGCUCUUCUCCACCGACCGCACCUCACUCCUGGCUGUCCCCCUGCACCUGUGAACCUGGAGGAGGGGGCGGGGUGUGGUCGUCUCACCUGGAGUGGGCCGUUGGAUGUAGACACUGUCUUACUGUCUGUACUAACCCAGUGGAGUGUGAGGGGAGGACAGCCAAGCAGUCGCAGGGAGAACCCACAGCCCUCCAGCCUGACGCCUAGCCAAUGGGAACAGCGCAAAAUUUCUGUGAAAAAAGUCCACACAUCUGUGCAGCUGGACGCAGUCCUUUGUUCAGCAGCUGUCAGUUCCCAGUACAUAUGCGCAGCCUGGCAGAACUCCACUGUGAUUCUAAACCAGACUGGACUGAGGCUGCUCAACAGCGCCCCUCUUUCCUCCACUCUGUUCUCCCUCAUGAACUAAACAGCUGGUGCCUUCCUGCAGAAAUGCCCUCCCCCAAAUCCAUUUCUACCACCUCAUGCCUGCUGGUACAGGUCCCCAAUGCUCGGACAGGGCUUUCACACUUAGGCUCCUGUUUAAAAGAGGGGACUGAAAUAGACGCCUGUCUUUCUGUAUCGGUCUCCACUCCGGCUUCAACCGUUCAGUAUGCUGCUCUGUAUCAGUAGCUCUGUAUCCUAGCUGUUCCUAGCUGUAGAUGUCUACAUGAAUGUCUUUACUCUCUCUGGUAGUAUCGGUAAUAUCUCCGACCCCCUCCUCUCUUGGCAUUUCUGCUCCUCGUAGACGUCCUUGGCCGCUGGGACGAGAAAACACAUCCACACCUCCGACACUUGUCUGUGUCACCCGCACUGUGAUUGUACCUGCACCUGUGCGUGCGUGUGUGUGCAUGCGUGCGUGUGUGUGAGAGCACAUGUAUAUGGGUGUAUGCGUCUGCGUAUGGUGCAGUUUCUGUGCUUAGACUUGUACAGACCCUGCCUCUGACCAAACAUUAAUUGUGAACAAAUUUGUAUAGGCUGAACUUUGUCUUAAUUAAAAUAAAAAUACAAGAAAGUUUUAACAACAUAGUGAAUCAUACAGAUGUAUUUAUAUUGAUAUGAUUGUGAUUUAUAUUGGUAUUUGACGUGACUGUGCUGUGAUUUAGAAGAGUGUUUACCAGCUGCGAUCAAACGCUGUCGAUAUUUCUGUGAACCAGGUGCUGUGGCACUGGCUACGUGUGUUUUCGUGGACUAGUUACUGCGUAGAGCCCAGUGAACUGGACCCCAGUAAACUUCACGUCUGUUCCGUCUGCACCCUGAACUCUGAACUGACAGUGGAAUCAACAUCAAGGAAAUGGGCAUCAGCUUUUUCAGAUAAAAUACAGCCCCCUCUGUAGGUUCCACCUUGUGAAUAGGUUUCUUCCAUGUGCUGGCAGCCUUCAUUGAUGUAGUAAUGCAUUAGAGAAAUGCUCAUUGACCGUGUUGGGAUAACAACAUGUGCUCCAUGAAUGCCUUUUUUCUUUUUUCAGUGAUGUCUGUAGUGAAGCACAUGUGGCCAUUAGCCUAGCCAGGGGAUAAUUUUAUCUCAGCCUAUAAUGGGACCAGAAGUGUUUUUUGUUUUUUGUGUCUGUGUGUGUGUGUGUGUGUGUGUGUGUGUGUGUGUGUGUGUGUAUCCUUGGCUUCUGAUUGGAUCUCAUGAGUGUGGUCCAGUUAUGGUUCCAUAAGAAUCCCCCCCACCCUCCCGGUAUUGCUCCUGUGGUUAAAAGUAAUAUAUUGCCUAAGACUUAGUUGCAAUGCAGUAAAAGUUUUUUCCUUUUGUUUUAACCUGAGAAUCUGCCUAACGGUAACUCACAAUGGCCUUCCAGUCUUCCUGCAUCCCCCAUUAUUGAGGUUUCUUGUUUAUUUGCUUUGGUGUGUGGAGAUGGUCAGAGUGUUGCGCUGUCUCUCAGCACAUGGACUACAGCGGAGCAAGAUAUGUUUUCUGCUGGUCGUUGGCCAGUUCUCACAAACCUAGCCAUGUUGCAGGCACAGAGCUGAAAGACACCCUUGGUUAUGGUGGAACUGUGGAAGUCUUCAUUUUUCUUGGUAUCUGUGCUUAUGGUCACAUGACAAUAGACCCAUGUGCUCAGUUCUCAGGUGUAAGCAUUGUUACUAAAGAAGGUGUUGUCUGAUAUUUUUUUUAUUUCACAUUUUUAAAAAAAAAAAUAUAUUGUUUCAUUUGAAUAUUGUGCAAUUUGUGCGCACUAUUGUCGUUCCAAUGAAAGUAAAAAUA